UAGAACGUGCCGAUUGCGAUUCAUUCUGAUCGUUCGUUCGUUCGAGCAUUUUCGUUUGAACACUCAUUUCUGGUUAGUUACGUUACCAGAGAGGAAACUGUUGGCUUUUAUUAGACGUCGGCGUGCACAGGCGGUGUUUUGGAACUUAUUGUUGUGAGAGGGGGAUCAUCGUUCGUUAAUAGCUAGUAUUAUAUUUCUCAAACGUACUUGACUUGGAAAGUUUUCCGUAAAAUGAGAAAAUACUACAGCAAUAAAGAUUCGAAAAUUGCCUUUAUGGGAUAUUAACUUCCGUGAGUUUUAGCAGUGAAAGUUGUCCCUUAUGCUCCCAACUUCUUAGUUAUUCAUUGGUUAAUUGGGUUUACCUUGUGCUAUAUCGUCAGACAAACAGAAAAAAAAAUCUGUAACAGGCAUUGAUGGUCAAAGACUUGUUCAAAAGAAGAGUUGUCACAUGCUUUGAGGAAACAUAAUAAUUCGUCACGUGUGUUGAUUGACACUCAAACCGAAAUCUAGAGCCAAACGAAAAUUUGAUCCAUCUCCAAUCAACAGCUUGCUUCAGAACGGGAAGAGGCCAUUAACGGAAACGCAGAAAAGGAAAUCGAGUCACAAAUCACCGCGUAUCGGCGAUGGUUUUGAAAGCUCAACAACUGUCCAGCCACCCGUUGGUCCGCUCCCCCGCUAUGUCGAAAGAGGAGGCUGUCGCCGUCAUCCCACAUCAGCCUGCUAGGCAGCUAUUUCGACGUGUUGCCUUGGAUCCAACACCAGUGCUGAUGCUCUUCGUCUGUCUCCUCUUUUCGCUACUCGGGACCGAAGCGACGCCAAUGUGCGGAGUUCCAGGUCGUGCCGAUAAUGGAACACAAAUAUCGCUGUACCCUGCAGCGCUUUAUAAUCCUGGUCAGAAAGCGGAAUAUAGUUGUCAGCCCGGUUUGGCUUUGCUGGGAGAUUCAAUCCGUACCUGCCAGAAUGACGGAUUGUGGUCGGGCAGUCGGCCUCGUUGCGUUGAUAAUUUGGCCUACAAAAAAGCCGUUGCCUCCUCACGCGUCGUUAAUAACUACCGUCCAGAUCUGAUCGUAGACGGCAACCUAAAAUCUUGCGUUUACCUGGACACGAGAGUCGUCGACCGAUUCAUUCAAAUUGACCUGAAGAAAAACCAUUUAAUCAGCGGCCUCAUCCUGCACGUGCCAGAUGGCUUUGUGCAAGAAUUGACAGUGUUCAUAGCCGAAAAGUUGGACUCUGCCCCCGGCAUCCAAUAUCGCAGGUGUACGCCGAGAUUAUCGCAAGUUAAUGCCCCCAAAGUACAAAUUGAAUGCCGGGGAGAGGACGGACCCAUUGCAAUUCCGGGCCGUUUCCUUCACAUCCGUGACGAAAGAAAAAUCCACGAUUUCUACUUUGCUCUGUGCGAAAUCGAAAUCUACGGCCUGCCAGACGUGCCGAUGGGUUGUGGUUUACCUGAUCUUCCGGCGUUUGCAGCUCCAGCCAAUCAGAGCCAAUUGCUGGAAGAGAAACAUGGACACAUGUUCUCGCCAACUUGCCAAGCCGGAUUCGUUUUACACGGAUCGAAAGUGUUGCGAUGCGUCGAUGGCAACUGGAUCGGGAGCGAGGUCACCCAGUGUGUCGCUGUGGAAUGCCACCCGCUGGUUCCUGUGAUCAACGGACAAAUCGAUUUAUUUCCCGUCCGCGGUCUGAGCAACAAUAGUUUCAACAGUGUGGCUCGACAUCGCUGCUCCGAGGGCUAUAUGAUUUUCGGUGGCGACGUCACGAGAACUUGUGGUCAGGACGCUCGCUGGACUGGUACCCCGCCUUUUUGUCGACCUACUGAUUGCCAAUUACCUCGGCCCAUUUCCAACGCCGUCUACAAACUGGUCGACAGCCACACCAGGCCGGGAUCCAUCGCUCAGUAUACGUGUUUCAACGGAUACGUCCCACAAAGAAUUCUCGCAGACAAACCUCUUCAAACAGUGAUCGUGUGUCAGCAAAAUGGCGCCUGGACGGAGGGGAAUUUUCACUGCGCCUUGAGAACUACAUAUUAUCCACCGGUCUCCAUUUCGUUUUCCACAACAGUAGACAAUAUGAGCAGUGAAACGACGGAAGAGCCGAUAAUACCCGACCCAUUGGACAGCACUACUGCCCGGGUGCAGACCUCGUCCAUUAAAGAAAUUGAAUUCGUCAAACCAGUUCCGAUAACAACUUCGGUGGCUGAACUGAUAGAAAAAAACGUGACACCCGGAACCGAUUCCAGCUUGAUUAUCGCCAGUAGUACUGACGCAUCAGAAAAUACGCCAUCCGCUGGAACAGCGAUAGCGGCAACAGGAUUCGUCGCCGCCUUUAUCAUCUUCUUCCUGAUGGUCGUUGUUGGCGUUGCCCUCAACCUGUGCAGGAUGCGUACCACCUUUGAAAAAGCAAGAAAACGCUUUCUGCAGGCAUCGAGCAAUCUGUUGCUGAUCCACACUUCUGGUUCUUCCGCAAAGGAUGGCGUGUGCAAAACAGCCAGCAAUGGGGGAAGCGAGAAGCGUCAAAUAGUCGUCAAAGCCGAAUGCGAACCUGUCUACAACGAAUUAGAUGAUAGUUUUAGCCGAGAACCGGAGGAUUGCCACGCCAAAGCUUCAUCUUCAUCGCUCAGUUCGGAGCAGGAAAGCACUUAUUUGGAUAUUGAUCUCGAUAAAAUCGCCGACGAGGAGAAUUAUUCUUUGAAACACUGCACGGAAAAGUCAAUUUUACCUUACGUAUCGCAUCAAAGUGAAUCAUCAUUUACCGAAUCGAAACCGUCGCUUACACCAGACGAAAUCGUGCUUCUCUACGCCAAGAUAGACAAAACGAAGAAAACGAGAAACCGAGUCUGCAGCAAUGAUAGUGAAUCAAAUCCUCCAUCACUUGAUUCCAUUUGUAAAGCGGACAUCGACAAUGAAUUACAAGCAGGCCGUGUCAACAAAUCGCACUCCAAAUUCGGGGAUUUUCAUCCGAAAAAAGUCAAUGAACUGCAACUGCCGAAAAGUGUGGUCAACGUUUCGCUGAAUGAAUUUGUUGCUGAACAUUCGCGCAUUCAUUGGAAGGACAAGAAUACGACGCCGUGUGGACUGGAGUGCAGACCAUUGCCAGCUUUGCCUAGCCAGAUGGGGAAAGCCACAUCAGCCAAGAUAAACGAAGCUAUGACGGAUCACAAUGACGAAUCCGAUAGCCAAAAUAUCUACGCCACUCUUCCCUUAACCAAACCAUAGUCAGUAUCACUCAAUCUUUUUCCAUCCUUCGCUUUUGUCGUACGUCAAUAUUUUGUAAACAUUUUAAGUUUGGUUAUACUGUACCACAUACAUACAGAACUAUAUUUGUAUACCAUUAGGCGAAUAAUUGUACAAAACUGAAAAAUUGAAAGAAAUACAACAAGUAAUCAUCAAUAAUGUCAGUUACCAAAGAGACAAAGGAAAAUGUCUGCUAAAAGACGGAAAAUACAUUAAUCAAAAAUUCGAAGCCAAGAGAAAAAUGACGGCCGUUUUUACUCUUUCGGCUACUGAAAAAUGCACACUGAAAAAUUAAUACCAAACUGAUUCCAGAAAAUGAACCGUUUUUCAAAUUUUAUGAAAGGAAAUAAACGGACAAUCUAGA